AUGAGCCUCCUGCCCGGUGUCCGGGGGUUGACGUCUUCCAGUCAGAGACCUCGAGAAGACAGCUGGUUAAAAUCCUUAUUUGUCCGGAAAGUUGAUCCAAGAAAAGAUGCUCACUCUAAUCUCCUAGCCAAAAGGGAAACAAGCAGUCUAUACAAAAUACAGUUUCACAAUGUUAAACCGGAAUGCCUAGAAGCAUACAACAAAAUUUGUCAAGAGGUGUUGCCAAAGAUUCAUGAAGAUAAACAUUACCCUUGUACUUUGGUGGGGACUUGGAACACGUGGUAUGGCGAGCAGGAUCAAGCUGUCCACCUCUGGAGGUAUGAAGGAGGCUAUCCCGCCCUCACGGAGGUCAUGAAUAAACUCAGAGAAAAUCAGGAAUUUUUGCAUUUCCGGAAGGCAAGAAGCAACAUGCUUCUUUCCAGGAAGAAUCAGCUGCUAUUAGAAUUCAGUUUCUGGAAUGAGCCUGUUCCACGGCCAGGACCUAAUAUAUAUGAACUCAGAUCUUACCAACUUCGACCAGGAACUAUGAUUGAAUGGGGCAAUUACUGGGCUCGUGCAAUUCGCUUCAGACAGGAUGGUGAUGAAGCUGUUGGAGGAUUCUUCUCUCAGAUUGGGCAGUUAUACAUGGUGCAUCAUCUUUGGGCUUACAAGGACCUUCAGACAAGGGAAGAUAUACGGAACGCAGCAUGGCAUAAACAUGGCUGGGAAGAAUUGGUGUAUUAUACAGUUCCACUUAUUCAGGAAAUGGAAUCCAGAAUCAUGAUCCCACAGAAGACCUCUCCCCUCCAGUAGAGCUGCAGAGUUUAGAUGUGCCUACAUAAAUUCAUGUGACAAGUAUUUGUCAUAAAUUAAUUUUAACUGUAUAUCAAGUGAAAAACACUGAAGUGUAAACUGCUGUAUAUAGCUUAUGAGAGAUCCCUUUUCUUUAAAAAUUACCUAAGUCUAAGAAAAGGAAACUUACAGUUUGAUUGUAACAGUGCUCUGUAGUCCUCUUUGAAACACCCCUGUGUUUGUUGAAUAAACCUGGUAAUACUGAACCAUCCUUCCCACCCUCCAGGAAAAGAGGGCCCAAAUUAAAAAUUUGAAUCCUCUCUAAAUAAGAAUCUAACCAUGAAAAAAAUAUUAAUCAUUUCUUUUAAAAAGCAAAUCUGUCUUAUAGUUACAGAUUUUUAGACAAAUUUCUUGUAUCAGGAAGAAAUACAAAUUUUGUCAUGUUUCUCUGGCAGUUUUUUUGAGUCUCAGACUAAGAACAAAUUAUGAGUAAACCCAAUCUGACUGUUUUCAUUCACUCCCAUUUUCAAUCAGUCGGCAUAGUGAAUGUCAUUACUAAGCUGGUCACGCUGCCAGGGUACAUUGAGGCUGAUUCCGUCCUUUCGCAGCGUGAGGUGAUGUCUCUAUAUGAGAGGGGAAAUGGCUUGAACCUGUAUAUCAUGUGAUUUUGAAAUGGACACCUUGAAUAGUACUAAUUUUUAUUUGUAAUAUUUUUCUAUAACAAAAUGAGAAGCACUUGAGAAAGGUUUUAUUUUAUAAACAAUCAUUCAUGACCUCAGAUAUUGUCCAUUCAUAUUCUAGUAAGGUCACAGCAGAUACUUCCACAAUCAUGCAUGAGGAGUGGUGUGUGCUGAGAUUUCAAUUGGCAUAAAGCUGCAUACUUGUCUAGCUCUGUUUGAUUUCGUUUUUUAAUAUAGUGUGCCAGUUUUGUGAAUGUAAUCAUGUAAAAGUCCUCUUGAAAUGAGAAAUUGUCUGAUCCCCAAAUUAAGUAAUUUAUGUGUAAAAUAAAGUGUGACUAAAUCUCAUAUCAAAUUUCAAACUUUUACAUGUGAAUGAUUUUCUCCAAGAACAUAUAAAAGUCAAUAAAAUUCUCUGACUUUUCACAUAUGA